AUGAAAAUAAUAUUAAUAUUGUUAUUUAUAUCUAUAAUCUUAAAUUCAAGUUUUGCAAUGUUCAAAUUAUCAAAUUUUUAUGGAUUACAAAGAACUAGUGAAGAUUCAUACAUAUUAACAAAUUUGAAUAAUCCAUUGAAUGUAAUUCACAUUUCCAAAGAUUUAUUGGUAUCAGUAUCUUUUAAUAGUAUUAAAGAGAAUAUUAACAAUUUAGAGAUUUCAUCAACAAAUAAUCAUGAUUAUAAAUUAAUUGUAUUUGGAAGUAUGACACAAUCAACUCAUAAUUUUAAUAAUAAAUUUAACAUUGUUACAAUGUAUAAAAAAGAAACCAAUAAUAAUGAUAAUAAUGGAUAUUUCUAUACAAUAGAUAAUGAUAUUUUAUCACAAAUUGGUAGUAUUAAUAAAAUUAAAGUUUCAACAAUCCAAAACUCUAAUGGUAAAUCAAUUAAAUUAGAUAAUACUUCAAAUUUAUUACUUCAAGGAAAUUUAGAAGAUAAUAAAUUAAGUUUAAUUAAUAUUUACAGUGAAUUAAAUUAA